UCCAAGCCUGUGAUAGAGAGAGAGAGAGAGAGAGAGAGAGUCAAAACGUGACCAUAAUUCGUCGUCGUUUACGAGAACAGCUCCUCUUUGGUGCUACUGGUAAUUAGUAAAGUUAAUAACAAUAGACAGAAACAGGAGAGGGCGAAAGAGGAUCGUGAUGCAUCAUAACGGAGUCGAAGACGAAGAAAAAUGGUUGGCCGCCGGCAUCACCGGCCUGCAGCAAAACGCCUUUUUUAUGCAUCGAGCUCUGGAUUCGAAUAAUUUGAAGGAUGCGCUCAAGUACUCAGCUCAGAUGCUUUCGGAACUUCGGACUUCGAGGCUUUCUCCUCAGAAAUAUUACGAAUUAUAUAUGCGAGCAUUUGAUGAAUUAAGGAAGCUAGAGAUUUUUUUCAAGGAGGAGACCAAGCGUGGUUGCUCAAUAGUUGAAUUGUAUGAGCUGGUGCAGCAUGCUGGCAACAUAUUGCCCAGGCUGUAUCUCCUUUGUACUGUUGGGUCUGUGUACAUAAAAUCCAAGGAAGCUCCCGCAAAGGAUAUUCUUAAAGAUCUUGUGGAGAUGUGCCGUGGCAUACAACAUCCUUUACGUGGGCUCUUUCUAAGGAGUUACCUUUCUCAAGUCAGUAGGGAUAAAUUACCUGAUCUGGGUUCUGAGUAUGAAGGGGAUGCUGAGACAGUCUCGGAUGCUGUGGAGUUUGUACUCCAAAAUUUCACAGAGAUGAAUAAACUUUGGGUUCGAAUGCAACAUCAGGUGUUUAAUUGCUUGUCAAUGAUUCAUACUCUUUGCUGAUCAUGAGUUGAGGAUUGCAAUCGGGCUUUAUGGUCUGCAGGGACCUGCUCGGGAGAAGGAGAAACGUGAAAAAGAGAGGAGCGAGCUUCGUGAUCUUGUGGGGAAGAACCUACAUGUUCUCAGCCAGAUUGAGGGUGUUGACCUUGAUAUGUACCGAGAGACUGUUCUUACCAGGGUCUUGGAGCAGGUAGUCAACUGCAAGGAUGAGAUUGCACAAUGCUACUUGAUGGAUUGCAUAAUCCAAGUAUUCCCUGAUGAAUAUCACUUGCAGACACUUGAAACUCUACUGGGUGCUUUCCCACAGCUUCAGCCUUCUGUUGACAUCAAGACAGUGCUUUCUCGACUAAUGGAUAGGCUGUCAAACUAUGCUGCUUCAAGUGCAGAAGUUUUACCUGAGUUUUUCCAAGUAGAAGCUUUUGUGAAACUGAGUAAUGCCAUUGGCAAGGUGAUUGAGGCGCAAGAUGACAUGCCAGUUAUUGGAGUUGUAACUUUGUAUUCGUCUCUUUUGACAUUUACGCUUCAAGUGCACCCAGAUCGUCUUGAUUUUGUGGAUCAAAUAUUGGGCGCUUGUGUGACGAAACUUUCUGGGAAAGGAAAGCUUGAAGAUAGCAAAUCAAGAAAACAAGUUGUUGCACUUCUAAGUGCUCCGCUUCAGAAAUACAAUGAUAUAGAUAUCGCAUUGAAGCUUUCAAAUUAUCCCCAUGUGAUGGAGUACUUAGACAAUGGAACAAAGAAGGAGAUGGCCAGUGUCAUAAUUCAAAGUAUCAUGAAAAAUAAGACAUUAAUUUCUAACUCUGAGAAGGUCGAGGCCCUGUUUGAGUUAAUAAAGGGACUCAUUAAAGAUUUAGAAGGGAAUCUUCAAUCUGAGCUUGAUGAGGAAGACUUUCAUGAGGAGCAGAAUUCCGUUGCACGUCUUAUUCAAAUGCUUCACAAUGAUGAUCCAGAAGAAAUGCUUAAGAUUAUAUGCACUGUGAAGAAGCAUAUUUUGGCUGGGGGACCUAAGAGGCUUCCCUUUACAGUCCCUCCCCUAAUCUUUAAUGCUCUCAAGUUGAUCAGACGACUGCAAAAUCGGGAUGAAAAUGUCGCUGAAGAAGACACACCUGCUACACCUAAGAAAAUCUUUCAAAUACUGAACCAGAUAAUUGAAGCUCUGUCCAGUGUUCCUGUACCUGAAGUUGCUAUGCGACUUUACUUGCAGUGUGCUGAGGCUGCUGAUGACUCUGAUCUUGAACCUGUUGCCUAUGAGUUCUUCACCCAAGCUUAUCUACUAUAUGAAGAAGAAAUUUCGGAUUCUAAGGCUCAAGUAACUGCAAUACACUUAAUAAUUGGGACUCUUCAGCGGAUGCACGUCUUCGGCGUUGAGAACAGGGAUACGCUGACACACAAGGCUACUGGGUAUUCUGCGAAACUUUUAAAGAAGCCUGAUCAGUGCAGAGCUGUAUAUGCUUGUUCACACCUUUUCUGGGUUGAUGAUCAGGAUAGCAUCAAGGAUGGGGAGAGGGUCUUGCUUUGCUUAAAACGUGCUUUAAGAAUUGCAAAUGCCGCUCAACAAAUGGCGAAUGCAACUCGAGGCAGUGGCGGAUCUGUCACGCUGUUCAUUGAAAUACUGAACAAGUAUCUCUAUUUUUUUGAGAAGGGGGUCACACAGAUUACAGUUGCUUCUGUACAGAGCUUGAUUGAAUUGAUCACAAAUGAAAUGCAAGGUGAGAAUGCAACACCAGAUCCAACCGCGGAUGCUUUCUUUGCGAGCACACUACGCUUCAUCCAGUUCCAGAAGGAUAAAGGCGGUGCAGUGGGUGAAAAAUACGAGGCAAUUAAGGUUUGACUGGUUGGAGGUACAAUGCAGAAUCCACGUUUCACAUGUCAAAAGCAUUAAAAUUUUUACAAUUUUGGGGAUGUGAAGAGUUUUUUUAGUUCUUGGACAAUGAAGAGAAUCAUUUGGCUGCAACAUAUGGGUUGUGGAAUGUAGUCAUUCUUUGGGUUUUGACUAUAGUCAGGCAUUCAAACAUCUGGGGAGGUUUUGUAUAUUAACUUGGUUGACGAGUAUAGCAUAGGAUGGACAAUCUUUGUAAGAACCCUUUUUUCUUUUUUUUUUUUCCAACAAUAAUUGUUGAAAGUAACUUUUUUCUUAUUCAUGUGAUAUCUCGGAGAUUUCACUUCUA